AUGUCAUGUGUGCGUGCUUCUGGUUACGGGGUUGGCUUUGUUUCAGAUAUCCGACGGAUGAACGUUGCCCUUACCCGCGCAAGAAGAGCUUUGUGGGUGAUGGGAAAUGCAUCAGCGCUGAUGAAGUCUGAGGAUUGGGCAGCGUUGAUCACUGACGCCAGAGCCAGGAACUGUUUUAUGGAAAUGGANUCUCUUCCCCAGGAUUUCCCACUUCCGAAGGUACCUGACUAUAAUCCGAAGGUGCCUAAUGCAAGAGGUUUCAGAUCAGGUGGAUCGAGAAUUAGAUCUUUUGAUAGGCAAACUGAAUCCAGUUCAGGGACAACAACGUCAGAAGACAAUGAGAACACAUCGACAUUUGCAAGAAAUGAUCAUUUUCGAAGGGACAAAACACUGGAUGAUUUUGAGGUUAGACAUAGGGAUGCCUGGCCGCAGCACGGAAAUCAGAGGAAAACAAAUUUUGGACGGGAUUUGGCGAGACGAGACAGAGAAGAAGCGGAGCACGAAAGCACGGUGGAAUGA